CACUACCAGGAAUUUAUUGUUAGAGUUGUGCGAUUGAGCGAAAUAGGAGGGAGCCAAAGAAAAGCGCGGGGAGGGAAGAGAGAGCGAUCCCGACAGAAUGGAAGAAGGCGAUGUGGAUAUGACCGGUGCCGAUGCUAAUGAAGCUGAAUUGGACGACAUGAAGAAACGGUUAAAGGAAAUUGAGGACGAAGCAGCUGCUCUGCGCGAUAUGCAGGCCAAGGUCGAGAAGGAGAUGGGUUCUGUUCAAGAUCCUGGUGGUUCAGGAGCAUCUCAAGCAAGCAGAGAGGAAGUAGAUUCUCGAUCAAUUUUUGUUGGCAAUGUGGACUACUCGUGUACACCGGAGGAAGUACAGCAGCAUUUCCAGUCGUGUGGAACAGUAAAUAGGGUCACUAUUCGCACUGAUAAGUAUGGGCAACCAAAGGGUUAUGCUUAUGUGGAAUUCCUCGAGACUGAAGCUGUUCAAGAGGCGCUUCAAUUAAAUGAAUCUGAGCUGCAUGGCCGACAAUUGAAGGUGACUGCAAAGCGGACUAAUGUACCUGGGAUGAAACAGUUCCGUCCUCGUCGAGCCAAUCCAUAUGCUGGAUUUCCACCGAGGGGUGCAUUUGUAGCUCCCUAUUUUUACCCUGCUUAUGGCUAUGGGAAGAUUCCAAGGUUCAGAAUGCCAGCACGUUACAGCCCUUACAACUGAGAUGCUGUCAGGGCCGAGGCAGCAAAUUGGUAGCAGUCAGUCGCUUCUGCAGCGAAUAUAAUGAUCAUUUGCUCAAGCUUUUUAUUAAGAUGGAUGGUGAUGAAUUUACAAUGUUGAAUGGAAGAUCGUGAGCCUUUAGGAGAUGCAUUGUGAUGGGAUCGUUUUGCGGUUUAAGAACUGUUUUAUUUCGGGGAUGACCUGGCGAGCCUUAUUAUCUGGUAAUAUUCUUUCGUUUCGUAAUUUUCCGUUUGAAAAAGAGAAAAAAGCCCGGUUAUCUUGUACUGCAAGCUUUCUUUUCUGGUUUGGUGGUGA